CUUCAUUGCCAUCUUCAAUUGAAAAAAUGUACAAAUGCGAUCUCCUGGCGUGGCUAAUCAUCAAAAAACCCUCCUUAUCCACACUCAACUUCACUGAAACCCAAUUCAAAGUUCAACAAGUCAAAUGGAACCGCCAUAGACGACAUGUCCCGUACACGAUCUACAAUGGAGUCAUCUUCGACUGGGUGGUGGGGAAUGUAUUUCGUGCUGAAUGGCCAUUCGAGGACGACGAGAAAGAUAAGGAUGUGUUUUGUCUAGAACUCUCGAGUGUAAUCGGAAGCCCAGAAUUCCUUCACCAUCUACUAUUGAAAGCGAAUAAAUUUCUCUCGAGUGACGCCGCUGUCCCUCCAUUCGGUUUAGGUUUCCUGCUAUCAUGCGAGAGCAAGUUCCGAGGCGAGUUGGGGCCGUUUGACUUGCUAGAUAUGCUUCUUGGGGACAUGAUGUUCAGACAAGCUGGCGAUAAAGGCGCAGGAAACAGUGCGGCGGUGAAAGAUUUGUACCGAGAUUGGAUUACUUGUAGGAGACAACGGCAGGAGCAUGAACUAAACUCGAAAGAUCCUGUAGAAGCAGAUAUAACCGACGUUAGGGUGAAUCUGAAUGGUAAACGUCUCGAGCUAUCUUCAGAAUCCGCUUUUGAUGACGACUGGGAUUCGGAUUCGAGUUCGAAAUCUAAACCUCCAUACAAGCGCCUACGAAGAAAUACCUCCCCAGCACCUCCCGCUGUUAAGCCGCGUUCAGGCUUACUUCAAUGGCUUAGUUCGACGACUACCCGGUUCAAACCUGAUGUUUCAUUGAACGUGCAUAAUAUCAAGGUCAAAGAAAAAGGAAGCCCAGAGCACACAAAUGAGGAUCAGUUGUCCGACCCGGGUUCCUCCAGCUUUUUAUUCAGACAUCGCGUUGAUCAUGAAGAUCCCCCCGGAUGGAUUUGGUACUUACGAAACUCCUAUUGCUACAACUUCGUCGGGUUCACUCCCUUUUUAGUGUUCAACCAGCUUCUAGCACUGCAUCAAGCGAUCCUCAAAGCAUCCCAACGCAAGGCUUAUUGGAACAAGACGUCGGGCCUGGAUCUCCUUCGCCUAACAUCAUGCUUCCAGAGAUUCCUCUACUUUCGUCCUUUCACUUUCCGUCGUACGCUCUAAUGACACCAGUCACUGAAGAAGUCAAGACGCUUUGUGUCAAGAACAGUCAUCUUGUUGAUUCCUCAAACACCGUUUCUUCAACUUCAAAGUCCUUUUCAUUUCCGUCCUUGGUCGUAACUUCUAACGAAGUUUCUGGCUCCGUCGAGCAAGGAUCUGAUUCGCUGAACAAUGCUCAAGCUCAACUCGGUGAUAACUCUAAUGUCAAAUAUAAUAAGUCUGCAAGUGAAGCACUUGAUAUAGCAGAAGUCGACGCUCUGCUUUUAAGCUCUUCAAACUUGUCUUGUUCUACUCAAGUAAUUCGCAAUGGCGAGGAAUCUUUGGAUGCCGCAGAGGUCGAUGGACUGCUGAUGACCUUCAAUACCACGGCUGCGAGCAAUAGCUUUGACCGCCUAUCACUUACUUCUACGCAAGCAUCCCAGUCGGUCAAUAUAUCCAAUACGUCGACUCGUCUCUCUUUCUUCACGGCAUCUCCUUCGACUCCCUCUCUUUCUUCGAG